ACACCGCCGUCGUGAAUGAACGCCGAUCUCGACCGGGUGGCUGGCGUCCAUUGAUAGGGCGCACGGCGGCCGACGACCGGCCGCGCGAUCGCACGGGGGCGGCGUGCUGAACGCCCUCGCCAGCGCGAUCGUGCCUCAGUCGAGGAUGUGGCGUUCUCCGCGCGACGACACCGCGUGCGAAAUCUGUGUUCAUUUAACAGUAGAUACUCAUGACCGUUCAGUGUGAUUACCGUGCCGCGUGUUCGUAGUUUCCUAGUAAUGUUCUGUGAUCGCGUCAAUUUUGGUAGGACAUAAGUUAGUUUACGAGUCUAUUAGUGGGGUGAGCCGCACGCGCCGCUGUGGUGGCGCUUGCGCACAAGAAGUGGAUGUGAGUGAAGGUGCGGUGGUGUGGUUCGUGCAGUGUGGGAAUGCGCUCGUGCGAUGCUCUCGGUGAUCGCGAUGCGUCGGCCGGAGGACGAGGAGUUGGGCGGGCGCGGGGACGGCGACGAGUUCGUGGACAUCUCGCAAAUGCAGCUGCUGGUGGAGGCGGGCCCGAGCGGGCUGCACUACGGGGGGCCGCCGCCGCCGCUAGCACAGCCCCAACCGUACGCGCAGCCCCCCGCACACUCCGCCAAUUCAGGCUCUAAUGCCUCCGUCGACGAUCUCUUCGCUAUAUACUUCAACCCGUCCUCGCACGGUGAGCAUUUUCUAGGUACAUUACCUGGUGAUGAACUAUCAUUGGGAUGUUCUCCCAGGCGGCAUAAGCAUGAAGCGUCGCUGUCACCGGGCACGCGCGCAGAGGAUGCUAGCAACGCGUCUAGCGCAAGUGCUUCUUUGUAUGGCCCGUCGUCGGGCGCGGCUAAACGUGCCCCAUCGCCGCCACUGCAGUGGCUGAUACCCUCUGGUCCUGGGGCGGGAGGCGUAGACAAAUACUUUCAACAGGACUAUGAGGAGCGCGUUGAAUUACUGCCACCCGAGUGUCAGCCUUCUUACUGCCCACAGCCGCAGGCGUGUCCGGCGCCUCAACACUGCGAGUACCGCCCUCCACCUCAGCCGCAACCGCAGCACACGUGGGAGUCCCAAGAAUACGCGACUGCACCCCAACCCACGCCGGGGCCGUCCGGUUUGCCUAAACGCGAGCCCUAUCCCAGCCCAAGUGCGGCACCCGUGCAACUCGCUGAAUACAACCCAUCCACGAGUAAGGGACACGAGAUCUUAUCACAAGUGUACCAACAAAGUACACAACCAUUGAGACUAGUCGCCGUGAAACCACGCAAAUAUCCCAACAGACCUAGCAAGACACCCGUCCACGAAAGGCCGUACGCGUGUCCUGUCGACGGUUGCGAUCGCCGAUUCUCACGGUCUGAUGAAUUAACACGACAUAUUCGUAUCCACACUGGGCAGAAGCCUUUCCAAUGUCGCAUAUGUAUGCGGUCAUUCAGCAGGUCAGAUCAUUUAACGACCCAUGUUCGGACGCACACGGGUGAGAAACCGUUCGCGUGUGAUGUUUGCGGUCGUAAAUUCGCGCGGUCGGACGAGAAAAAGCGACAUGCCAAGGUGCACCUGAAGCAGCGGCUGAAGCGAGAGCGGGGCGGCGGCGGACCGGCGCACCACCACGAGCCGCACCCGCACGCGCCCCUCUAGCAGCAGGCCGAGCUCGCGCCCGCACCCUCGCCUGCACAUUCCAGUGAAGGCGGGGAUGCGUCCGCGACCUGCGACUCCUCGGACUCUGAUUAAAAUGAACUUUACUUUCACGUUGAAGUUAUCAAAUAAUUUCAUCGCUUAGGUGUUAAUGAAUUGUCUUUAACGAAGCUUUAUUAACUCUACAUUUUGUAAAUUCACUGAAAUUUAUAUAUAUCUUUUUAUACGUAUUUGUAAUUAACAUAAGAAUGAGCUCGUUGUAUUUAUUUAGAUAGGUAGAUUAAUUGAAAGAACAUGACUGGGAUCAAACGUGAAUACGAAGCGAUGCGGCCUAAUGACCAGUGCCCGCGAGUUUGUAUGUUAAUGUGUGACGAUCCGUGCCUCUGCGCCGGAGAUAGAAAUUUUUACUUACUAUCGUCUUACACGUAGUAUGAACACAUAUCUUUGUCUGAUGAUAGUCCGUAGCUAAGCUUAUUUCUUCAGAAGAUAUGCGUGCGUGAGUGCAUAAUAGUGAUUGUAAGGAAAGUGAUACAUUUACAAAUGAGCCUAAUCGCAGGUACUAGCGAUGCGAAAGAACGUUUACCACACUGCGAGCACUAAGUGGCAUUUAGCACCUACCGGUGGUAUACCUUCUUUAGCUUCGAUUACCUACAGAGCAUUCUAAGUAUUCUAUUUAAUAUUCUUAUACUUGACAAAACUAACGUGAAACUGUGCCAUUAAUUUAACUUUACGACGUGCCACUGCAAUUUUAAUUUAAUAACUAAGUGUAACACGACUGCUACAUAAGUGAUAAACUUUAUUUUAUUAUAUUUCUAGUCGAAGUUAAAAAUAUGAGGGUGAGAUUGUCGGCUAUUUUUUUUUCUAGACAUCUAUCUCCUAAUAAUGAAGAUUUUGUUCUCGACAGCUGCUGUCAGUCUUUCUUGCUCAAAUGUUUUAUUUUAACUAAUUGCUCAAUUUCUCUUUUUUUCACGUAUUAGUCUAUAUAACCUUCAAACUUUUAUACCCCUGCUGUACAGUAUUUCUUAGUUGUUGGUCUUUCGAGCUCUCUUUGCAUUGUCGCACUUGUUAUUCUACUGUUCACUAUCCUGAUUCUUACCCAGUGGCAUAUAUUUUUAUAACGUACGUAUUAUAUAGACUAAUCUAGUUAAUAGUGUAUGGCGGUAAAUUAUGAUCUCUUAAUCAUUAUUAAUUAUUUCAAGUACCUAUAGCGAAGGCCCUUUAUUUAUAAUACUCAUAAGUUUUGUUUAGAUAUAAAUUACGUAUAAGAUUCAUUUCUAAAGUGUAAUUUCAAUUACUGUGAUUAUGUUGUUGCAUCCCUGUCUGAAGGGAUGGAGCGACCACUGCGACCAGUGAUUGGUUUCGCGGGCUUUUUCACAACGGCUCAACUUGGUCCCACGUCGGACAAACGUUGAUAGCGUCCCGUCGGUCUUAAUUCCGCCAUCUGUUGUGAAAGAACCCAUUGUUUCAUUAAAACUUAUUUGCAACCAUGUAGACCUAGCCAUUAUAGAUGUGGUUUUCUUUUAUACGAGUACAAAUUGUGCACAAAAAUUUCCGAGUUCACAAAUUUAGAAUGGCCUUUAUGAUACACUCUAUUGUAAAUUACUAGUUUCAUGAGAUGAAUCAUCAUGUCAUUCGUUUUUACUUUAGUAUAAGAUGAUGUUUCAAAAACAAACAGUGCAAUCGCAACAAAAAACAGAAGUUUUUAUAAUACAAUGUCUUCAGCAAACAGGCAGUGAUAAUUACACAACAGGGUGGACCUUUCAAUAAUGUUGGUCGUUAUGAAUUUAAGAUAUCUGACAAUAAUAAAAUUACUCGAUGGAUAUGGGAACGGUAACACAUUUUGGAGAUUGUGCUAAAGUAUAAUAGUAGUUUCUUACUGAAAAUCACGCACAAUUAUAAUGUAUGAAAAAGGUUUAAAACUUGACUACCUAUGUACAUAUCGUUCCCAGAAAUAAAUCUACAUUCAAUAUUGUUGCAAAAGCUCAGGAUUUUUGACACGUAGUCGUAUUGUAAUGUAUGUCAGUUUUGUAAUGUUCGUCAGUUAUAAACUCUCACGACCAUACAUUUAUGUUCUUGGCAAGUUUGAUGUUCGAGUUUAUAAUGUUUUUACUGUUAUACAGAGACGAAGUCUCCGAUAGGCAAGGCUAGCGUAGAUAGGUAUUUAAAUAAAACGUAUUCAUGUUAGUCAAACGACGAGUGACAAUUGAAACGGAGAAGACUAAAUUCUUAACAUUUACGUAAUGUUGCAUCGCGUUAAAGUUAUAUACGGUGUUUGUAUAGGUUACGAGUUGCGUUGCGACUUGCUUGCCGUUUGUUGGGCGGUCGCUGUACCCAGUCCGGGCACGGCGACUCACAUUGUUGAUAACCUCUAGGUACUACGUGACAAUCAGUGUUGCGAUAGCGUGCAUCAUACCUGUUACAUUUCAUGUUACUAUAUCUUGGCGAUCUUUCAUAACGACAACUGUUAAUAGUGUUCAUAUAUGAUACCUACUUAAUGGGUACGGAAUCUUUACGAAUUUUUUGUAAUACGAUAAUUAUUUUAAGCUGUCUCUGUAUUUCACCAGAGUGAAAGAUGUUGUUGAUGUUCUAAAAUAUAAAUAGUAUAAGUAAGUAGCUAUUGUUAAAUCUCACUAAUUUUUACUAAAUUCUAUUUAAUAUAUUUGUAAAUACACGGACUAAAUUUCGAUUUAAUGUGUAUAUAAGAGAAAAAGAAAUUUUUAUUUAAUAUGAAAUCCACCUAAGGUGCGAAAAUACAAAUUGUUGAAAACUGAA